AUGGAUCCCACUGGAGAACAAGUCUUGUCUACAGAAGAUAUCGUCGUAGGCUCUAUCAGCAAGUCCCCGGAGAUAGAGGUCGAAGUGGCAGUAGUUGCCCCGCUUAAAAGAGACGAACCACUUGUCACUCGAAAGGAGCUCUGGAGCUACUAUUUGUACUAUAAUGGAGAUAAUGGUGUCGGGCCCAACGGUUACUCCCUGACACUAUUCCAGUCUCUUGCGACCUCUGCAGGAUAUGAUCCUGUAUACGGGCCAGGUUCAUCCUGUACAGCUUCUGAUGCUUCUGGACAAUGUGUUCUUCCUUGGGGCAGUGGAACAAAAGCAGUAAGCUCUGUGGUGCUUGUUUCCAACGGUGUUAGCUUUGCUAUUAUGACAUUGAUAUUUACUACGAUUGGCUCGGCGGCAGAUUAUGGAACAUUUGGACGCUGGCUUUUGCUUGUAAUCACAAUUAUUUGCUGGGGAGCCCAAUUCGCCAGUAUGGCUUUGACAUCUCCGUCUCGUUGGGGGGCAGCUAUGGCGCUGUACAUGAUCGGAUUCGUGACGUAUGGGGCAACACUUGUCUUCUACGCCGCUAUUUUUCCUAGACUCGCCCGUAACACUCCGCAUGCGCGCGGCUUGCGGGAGAAGUAUGAAUGCGGCGAGGUUUCUGUAGAAGAGUAUGAGCUCGAGGAAAGUCUCGAGAAGAAUAGGAUCAGCAACAUCAGCACUAUGCACAGUAACGUUGGGUAUAUAUUCACGCUCUGUCUGAAUCUAUCAAUUCUGCUCCCGCUCGCGAACAACUCAUUGGUCGACAAUUAUACCAUUGUACUGACCAACGCAUAUUGGGUCAUAACGGGAAUCUGGUGGUUCAUCUUCCAGGAGCCUCGGCCUGGUCCCACUCUACCUAGAAGCGAGCAUUACCUCACAAUUGGCUGGAAGCAGAUAUGGAUCGCGCUAAAGCAAUAUCAGAAGCUCCCAUACACCUUUAUUUACCUUGUAGCAUUCUUUUUACUCGCCGAUGGCUUGAAUACAACCGGGACGCUUAUUUCUAUUUGCCAAAAUGAUAAAUUCUCCUUUUCUUUCUUGCAGAAUACGUAUCUCGGGCUGGCACAGGCCAUAACCUCCACGGUCAGCACGCUUGGCUUCUGGUACAUCCAGAAGUACUGGAAGAUCAGCACGAAGAAAAUGUUCGUGGUCACAAACGUCGUCACGAUAUUGAUUCCGCUCUGGGGCAUGAUUGGAAUUUGGACGCAGAAGUUUCACAAUGUAUGGGAGUUCUGGGCUUACAAUGUUGUUUUCGGCCUCUUCCAAGCGCCAUAUUACGCAUUCUCCCAAACCAUGAUGGCAGAAUUGACACCUCCAGGUUUCGACAAUAUGUUUUUUGGCCUCUUUGGCCUUUCGAAUCGCGCCUCGUCGAUGAUUGGACCGAACGUCAUCCAGGCUAUCAUCAACGACACGAAUAACAAUUGGAAAGGCUUUCCGUUCCUAUUCGCGUUGUGCACCGCGGCGAGCCUCGUUAUUUGGUUCGCUGUCGACAUUACUACCGGGAGACGGGAUGCGGUUGCGUGGGCAGACAAACAUAGUUCAUAUGCGGAGACAGGUGUUCUCUGCGACGAUGAAGAUGACUCCGUGAAUGCAAAGACUUAUGGCAAAACGACGUGA